AUGGUCCCAAUCCUCUGGGUCUUCUCUUUAGAUGCCGCUGCCCGGCGUCAAAUUUACUCGGCCUCUGAUAUCCUGGAUCGACUGCAGGCCAAGCUGGAUCUGGAGCUGCGGCGCGCUUUUCCCAUGAAGAUACUUUGCCAGAGGCUGGCCACGGAAUUGAUUGAGCAUGGCAACGUUGCAGCCCGGCCCCUGCCCAUUCGCCGACCACAGCAUGCCUCUGUCUCCAAUCGCCUCAUGCCCUACGAUAUUGUUCAAUGGGAACCCGUGGCCCAAAUGUCAACCGCUGGCCGCAGUGAGACACAGCGGCGUGCCAUGCAAGAGCUCAAUGCAAGCAUGCUGCACGUGCCUGUCGUGCCUGCUGUCCCCUCCUCACCCAACCUACCAGCUACACGUCGUAGCUCUGGCUACAAGCGCAGUCGCGUGCGCACGCGGCUCACACGACCCAAGGAGGUGGCGCGUGGUAUUGUUGCGCGCACCCGCGAGACACUUUUGGAACGAUUGGCGGGCAAUCCGCAUGCUGCCAGAGCCUUGUCCUCUGAUAGUUUGGCUGCAGCCGGCGAGCCGGAGAUGGCCACCCCGUUCCCCACCUCAGACCACGCCCUGCGUCGUGCUUUCUCUUUGGGGGACCUUCAGCCCGAGGCCAGCGAGUUGGCAAAAAAUCUGCGAGCAGUACGCUCUUUGGUUCAUCAGCGUUUGUUUCUGGCCACCUAUGCUAGAGCCUCGAGUGGGCACGGGUCACCUCGACCGCAUUCUGUUCAUGGGUUUCGCGUUCUACCGGACGAGCCCCAUAAUCACCUUUAUUCACAGCCCAACAACUACAUGCCUUCAGCGGAGGAAGUCCGGACCAUGGGUCCGCAGCGCCUCAUUGCCAAAAUCCAGGAAGAGCAGUCAGCCCAGUUUGCUCUGCGUGCCAAAAUGAAAUCAACGAGAGAACACAUGGCAGACAUGGAGGCUGCUCAUCUAGAGCUCAUGCGCUACAGAAACAGUCAGCCACAUGCCAACGAGGAGGGCUCGUUGGAUCCCUUGCUCAUGUCUACGCUUCGUGUCGAGCGCACCGAGUACACAAAUCCGGCCAAACCGCCUAGCGUCUCGGCAGGGUCAUUGGGAGGACAAUAUUUAAAGCACGAUGUUCCACGUGGGGCUCAUGUCCAAGCCUAUAUUCAACAAGGUAAAUUGGAUCAAGACUUGGACUUUCAGUACAGGAGCACCCACCCUCGGCUCUACGAUCGUGAACCGGCGGAGCUGGUCACCAUGCGGCCCAUGCCGCCACUCUGGUCCCGCUACCAGCACGAGGCUCGCUGCGAUUUGCGUGCUCCCCAUUCUCAGCUUGCGCGCCACGACCUUGAACAACUGGAUUCUUCCCUCAUGAAAACAGCCGAGUUGCGCAAGGUUGUUGAUAAUUUGGCAGCGUUUCACGGCGUCGACAAUCUGCUCGAUGCUAAACUUAGUUCUGACCACACUCAAGGUGUGGUGCCUCUUGAGGAAAGCGCGGCACUCGAGGCCACUUUACAACCGUGGCGAUCUGCAACAGCAUGGAAGCAAAUCAAUACAUCACUUGUGCCUGUGGCAACAGAUUCGAUUGCGCCUCCUCCUGUGGUGGCCACUGAGGGAUCGACACCCAAGGUCGUGCGAACUUACGCCACUCGGCCCACCAAACCACUUCAAGAAUCAACAGUGCCAGAAGUAGCCAAGGCGGCACGCGAAUAUCGCACCUGGGAGCGUUGGUGGUCCACCCAUUUUUCGCUCAAAGACUUUACCGAGUUUGCAUCGGAGCAGCCACUUGACUUUUUGGACGUUGGAUUGGGACUUCGGGUGCCGGACGAUAGCGCCAAUGUGGACGAGGAGGAGGAGGAAGUGGACGCACAGGCGCUGGCCGAGCUGGCCAAGGCUUCGGAAGAAGUGAGCCAGCGGCAGACCUCUUACCAGCGCGGGCAAUGGAACGUCAAUUCAGUUUUGGUCCGUACCUGCUCAGUCUUCGUGUGUGUGUGUGUGUGUGUGUGUGUGUGUGUGUGUGUGUGUGUGUGUGUGUGUGUGUGUGUGUGUGUGUGUGUGUGUGUGUUUGCUUUUGCUUUUUGCCGUUGCUGCCAUGAAUGCAAUUGUUUGCUCCGCGAGUACAGUGACAACCGUCCAUCUGAACUUCUCUCGGCACGCUUGCAGUUGGUCGGCCUGGGUGGCGAGGCAGCAGAUGCAGCUGCCGCCAGUGUUUUGAAGGUGCAGGAUCCAGCUGCCACAGAGGAGGCCAUCGAAGCCGCCACACAUGCUGCUCAGACAGAGCGUGCAGAGGCUUACGCGCAGUUGACACAACGACUUGAGGACGUUUGGAAGUCACUUGAAUUAUCCAACAAGAAACAAAUUGCGUUGGCCAUCAAGUAUUCCACCGGCCAUUUCGAGCUCAACGCUAAGUCACGAGCUGUUACUUCUUCUAUCCUGGACAAUCUGACUGGGUUGCCGCUGUUGCUUCGCGUGGUUGAGCUGUGGGAGGCCGUAGCCAAGGCUAUUCUCAAGCGUGAGCUCCGAGGCAAGGAGCGCCUCAGCGAGGCGACGCAAAGGGCACGCUUGAUGCGGCAAUUGAACAAGGCGACGACGGCUGCGGAAGCACAAAUCCGCGCUGUGGAGCGGCAGCUGAAGGAACAAGUGUGUUUUCGAGACCGUGUGUAUCGUGACAAGAUGAAGAGCGAUGUACGCCAACUUUUACAUUCGAUUGAGCAAGGUGCACGAGCCGAGUCUGCCAGCAGCAAUGGGUUAGGGCUACAGGCCAUUUCACUGCAACCACAUUGA